CAAAAAAAAAAAAAAAAGAAAACGAAAAAGAUUGAAAGCAAAAAAAGAAAAAAGAGAUUGAAAGCAAAAGAAAUCUGAGAAAGAACCCCUGCUAAAUCCCGGAAGUCAGUCGCAAAAACGGAAGAAGUAGAAGAAGAAGAAGAAGAGGAGGACAGGGAAGGAAAACGCAAAACCUACCUCGAGUUACCGGAGAAUGGGCUGGCGGAUUUUUAUCACUGUUCCGCGGCUAAGCUACCUCCCCCUACCUUUGGCUACCUUCUCCCAUUGAUUCCCCCAAACAAGGUAGAACUCUUUCCCUUUUUCGAACACCCUGGCCUAGGGCAAGGUUACUCUAUGGUUCAUAUAUUAAUGGCGCAGUACGUGUUAACAGAGAACAGAAUAGUCCUGUAUUGCAUUAUGAGGAGAAUUUGAGGAGGAGAUUUCUUCUAUUUUUCCUACUUGCUUCAGGCAUAUCCCCAGCUUUCCCAUGUUUUGGGAAGAGUAAGAACAAAAACCCAUACAACGAAAAACGCUUACUUGAACAAAACAAACGAAUACAGACAGAAAACAAUGCCCCUGAAGAAUUCCCAAACUUUGUACGAGAAGGGUUCACAGUGAAAGUAUUGACAUCGAAUAACUAUGUAACGUGCGACUCAGGUUUGAUAUUUUGGGACAUUGUUGUUGGCAAAGGUGACUUUUCAUUAUGUUGGUUAUAACGAGUCUGGACGCCGUAUUGACAGUACAUACUUACGAGGUGCUCCUGCAAGAGUGCGAAUGGGCACUAAUGGCUUGGUCCCAGGUUUUGAAGAGGGACUUGAGGAAAUGAGACCCGGGGGAAAGAGGAGAAUUAUCAUACCUCCAGAGCUUGGGCCACCGGUAGGACCUUCAACAUUCUUCAGCUCCAAACAGUUUGAAGUUUUCGACGUGGAAUUGCUUAGUGUUCAAGACUGUACCCGCAGGACCAUUGGAUUCUACUCUGAUAUUGUCUGCAAUUGAUGUACCAUUAAUGAGAUAUUAAGCUCUGUAGUCGAAGCAAUCCUUCAUCUUCGUCGCGGAAAGGAGCAUAAGAUUUAAAUCUUUUUUCUCCCUAGUUCUGAGUAGCAUUGAGUACACAAAAGCAUUUCAAGAAAAAAAAAUGCAGACCAAAUGAUGUGUUGUUCAAUACUAAUACAGGACUGUGAUCCUA